UGGGAGGGACGCGAUCCCGCGCCACCUCGCGACCUCGUCGCCGGGGACGCCCCGCCGCCGUCGCCUCCACCCUGCACCUCCCCCGAGCUCGCCUCACCCUUCCUGCGCCCGCCUCCGCGCGCCCUGCCGCUGAUGGUCGCCCCUGCCGCCCGCGCCACCCCGCCGUUAUUUGUCGCCUCCAUGCCGUCGCCCCACGUCCUCGCCCCCGGUGCCGCCUCGCCGGAUCGCUUCUUCGUCCUCCUCGUUCUGGAUCUGGGCGCCCCGACGCCAUCACCGACCACAACCACGUCGCCGGCGCCGCCCGCCGGCUCCUGUCGCCUCCCCAACCACCUCUCCUCCCCGCCGGCCUCCCCGAGUGCUUCCCCGGCCCCCUCUCGCUACUACGAGACCGACGCCGCUGCUGCCUCGAUCGACUAUAGUGUUGACGACCCCUCCUUCUUGCCAGAGCAACCAGGCAAGCCCCUCCCCCUAGAUCAUCAGAUAUCGCAUAUUCUUCUCUCUACUGCUUGCAUUAGAGUAGUGUAGCAUGUUACUGUUCGGUUACUCCUAUUCUGUUGCAUAGCCUAUCAUUGUUGCUACAGU